AUGGCGACGCUGGACGCUCUUCUCGGAAACUGCUCAGAGAAGCUCGCUGCUUUAAUCCAAGAUGAGGUGGCGAUGAUUCUCGGAGUGGAGGAAGAGCUCGCGAACCUGCAGAGGAGGAUGAAGCGGAUCGACGGCGCACUGAAGAAAGUAGGGCGGGAGAGGACCGAAGAUACCGCUUGGUUGAAUGAGCUGCAAAGUAUCUUGCAUGAAGCAAACGAUGUCUUUGACGACCUCAGGUAUGAGCUGCCGUCCGCAUCUUCAUCAGUUCUGUCGAUUCUCUGCUGUCUUCCUGUAUUCUCUUUCUUCAACUGCAUUCGAGUUCGUCACAACUUAGCCGAGAGAAUUAGAGACCUCAACAAUAGAAUCGAUGCGGUUGCGAAGGACCAGUGGAUCUUUAAUCUUGAGUCGGUAAAGACGGUGGGUCGAGUGGCGAGCAUGUCGUCCGCGCGCGAGACUUGUGAGAUCAUGGAGGCCGAUGUCGUCGGGAGAGAGAUCGAAGAUGCUACCGACGAAUUGGUCGAGAUGAUAGUCACGAACAACCGACGGAAUUUUCAAGUGAUUGCUGUAGCAGGCAUGGGAGGGAUCGGAGAUCACUCGAAAAGAGGAGGCAGCCACGGAAGUGCCGAACGGGUUUCGGAACUGCUUCCUAUUCUCAGCCGGACACUUGGAGGGAGGAGAAUCUUUCUUGUGCUGGACGACGUAUGGCGAUCGGACGUAUGGACAGAUUUACUCCGAAACCCGCUGCAAAAUGGAGCAGCUAGCGGAUGUGUUCUGGUGACCACAAGAGACCAGAACGUUGCGAUGAGAAUGGGCGCGAAACACAUUCACCAGGUGGAGAAAAUGUCUGUUGCCUCAGGCUGGGAGUUGCUUUGCAAGAAAACCUAUCUAGAAGAAGAAGGAGAAGAUGUGCAAAGUUUGAGAAGUGUGGGGGUUCAAAUUGUUAACAAAUGCGGCGGCCUUCCCCUUGCUAUCAAAGUGAUUGCCGGUGUCUUAACCACCAAGGAGAAAAGCAGAAAAGAGUGGGAGAAAGUUCUCAAAAGCAAUGCUUGGUCUAUGAGUGAGCUUCCUAAGGAAUUCACAGGUGCUCUCUACUUAAGUUACGAUGAUUUGCCGCUUCAUCUGAAGCAAUGCUUUCUAUCGUUAUGCCUUUACCCUGAGGAUGAUGUACACCGCAUUGGGGGUCUUCGCAGGAUGUGGGUGGCAGAGGGGUUUGUCAAGCAAGAAGAAGGUUUAACAAUGGAAGAGUUGGCCGAGCAAUACUACUUCGAGCUAAUACGUAGGAGUCUACUACAACUUGAUCCUCGUCAUGUGGAUAAGAGCAGGUGCAAAGUACACGAUCUCUUGAGAUCUCUUAGUCAAUAUUUGUCACGAGAUGAAAGUUACUAUGGAGACCCACAGUCCUUGGAUGCUACUGCAAUCUCAAAGCUUCGCCGCUUGUCAAUUGCUGGGAGCGGAGAGAUUGUUACAAUCCCUGGUCCAGAAACUGAGCAGCUACGCUUGAGCACUUUACUACUAGUUAAGAGUCCACCUAGAAUUGAGCACAAUCUUUUCUCUAGAGUUCCAUACCUCCAAGUUUUAAUUCUUAAUGGAAAAGGGAUAGAAUGCGUUCCUGAUAGUGUGGGAAAUCUAAUACACCUCCGAUUGCUAGAUCUUAAUCGCACUAACAUAUCCAAUCUGCCAGACUCUAUUGGAUUCCUAAAAAAUUUGCAGACUUUAAACCUACGACAUUGCAAAUUUUUGAACACACUUCCAAGGAGCAUCACUCGCUUAUGCAGUCUUAGACGGCUUGGCCUUUUACAUACCCCUUUGAGAUGUGUCCCUGAAGGAAUAGGGAGACUGCAACUGCUCAAUGACCUCGAUGGAUUCGUUAUUAAUGCGGACAAUAGUUGCAAUACCCGACGAAAUAGUUGGGACUUGGAAGAAUUAAAAUCACUUGGUCAACUAAGGUGGCUCCGAUUAUGUAUUUUGAGGGGGAAACGGAGCGCAAAUUCCGUGCAGUCCACUGAUGACAUAAUAGAUAAACCGCUGACAGUAACUCAUCCAAGGAAUAGGGCUUUUGUACUUGAAGAUAAAGCCUUCCUAAAAGAACUAAUUAUAUCCUGUAGACCACAGACAAAGAGGGAAAAAGUGUCACCAUACACAAAGGAGGAGAUCAGUAAGAUUGAAGAUAUCUUUGAGAAAUUGCACCCUCCAACUUGUUUAGAACGAUUAUGGGUCGAAAACUUUUACAAUCAGCAUAUUCCAAGUUGGAUGCUGUCAUCAUCUUUGGGUACUUAUCUUCCUUAUUUAACAUAUGUGACUUUCAAAGGUUUGACACUAUGCUCACAACUUCCACCUCUAGGCCAGUUGCCGCAUCUAUGGUAUCUCGGAAUCGAAAAUGCUGUGGCAAUUGUAACUAUUGGUCCAGAAUUACUCGGUAAUGGGGUUGGUGAUGGGGUGCAUGCAGCAACAGCCUUUCCUAAGCUUGAACGUCUUUUCCUGAUAGGCAUGCCUAAUUGGGAAGAAUGGACCUUGGUUGGCAGUGAAAUAGGAAACUCAUCAUCUUUGCGAGUUAUGCCUCGUCUAGAGAAGUUGUAUGUAAUAGACUGCCCAAAACUCAGAGCACUUCCAAAAGGUUUGCAGCAACUCAGAGCACUCUGGAGAUUGAAAGUUGAACGAGCUCAUAGCCUAAGCAUAAUUGAGGACUUCCUGUUCAUUACUAGGCUUAGAAUCUUAAAAAAUGAUGGCAUGGAAAGGAUCUCAAAUCUUCCUGCACUAAGGAAGCUCACCAUUUGGGACACCUCGGCUCUGAAGUGCGUCGAUAAUUUGGUUGCACUACAACACCUAAGGUUGCAAGACUACUCUAUGGAGUCCCUCCCAGAAUGGUUGCUGAGACUGGCCCAGCAAAGCACGCAUCUUCACGACAAUAACCUCCAACUUGUGAUGCACUGCAACGCUGCCUUAAUUCAGAGAUGCCUCAAGGGAGGGCCAGACUGGCCCAUCAUCGAGUGCUUUUCUCGUGUCAGCGCCUACACCGAAGAUAGAUCAGCAUAUCUGGAAUAUACCAAGCAAAGUGGGUGCUAUCGAACUAAUCAAUGAAGAUAACAUCGGUGAAAAUUUUCCUACUUCUCUUCUCAUUUUGUUUCUUUUCUUUAUCGAUUAGAUGUUUUGUACUUCAAGCUUUUAUGUUGGUAUUGUCUCAAUUCUGUAGUUUUCU